GUAUUGUGUAGUUAUUGAACAUAUUUCCUUUAGUCUUUUUGACAAUUAAUUUCUUACCAAAGUCGUUGUUUCCUUGCUGCUUCAUGACCAUUUUUUUCCAAUUUAACAAUUGUUGUUUUCAAUACCAUUAUAUAAUUGGCUAUUCAUGUAAGUUAGGAUCUAGGAUCUGUUGCAUAUUUGGCUUUGGAUGAUUAGUGUCCUGUCUUAAACUGAGACUUCUAUCAUUGUUGUUUCUGUUCACUUUUUUUUUGUCUUUACUUAGUCAAAAAAGAUUGUAAGACUUGUUCAAUAUUUUGAAGUCACAUAAAGUUCACAAAUUACGUAUGUAGCUUUCUUGUUAUUGCUGAUUAUUGAAUUUUUUUUAUUUGUCUACUUGUUGUAUUCCUUUUACUUUUAAUAUUUUAAAAUUUUAAUAUUGAAUUCUCAUUACGUCUCAUAAUUGACUGGACUUUUGACAUCAGUUUUCUUAAAUUUUUUGAACAAAUUGGUAAGUAGUAGGUUAUAGAGCUGCUGUGAUUAUUUCCGGAAACAUAUUGUUGGGGUUAGAGCAAAUGAUACCAAGCUUUCUUUUGUGAUUACUCUGUUUAGUCAAAAUGAGCUUAAACUUUGAAUAUAUAUAUAUAGGUUUAUUAUAAAUUUAAUAUUGAGUAUUGAAUUUCAAGUGCCCCUAGUGACCUUUGUGCCUUGACUAAAAUGCAUGAGCUUCUGUAUAUUUAUAAAUAAAUAAAUAAAAAAUUGUCAUUUUCUUGAACGACAUCAGCGUUAUCAUGGUCUCUUGUCUAUGACAUCCUCAGCUAGCCUUGCAAAGAUAAGCCUUACUGUCUUUUUAAUAGGAUGCAUUCCUAUCUGGUUUUGAAUUCUGAAGUGGUUUAAAUGAGUAGAUAGACCUGAGACAAAAUUUACCAACUUUUUGCCAUUUCUGUAGUUUAUUAAAAUUUGACGCUUUCCGUAUUUCCUUGAAUAUUUUGCAUCUAAUAUGGCUAUGUUCUUAUGCUGAGCACUAAGAGAAGUCGAUGUAACUUAUGCUAACCAUUUACUAGCUCUGUCAUUAAACAUUUACUAGCCCUUACACUUUUUUUUAGUUGUUACACUUGGGGUUCGAACCCCAACCCAACACACACACACCCUUGCAAAAAUUAAUCGUGAAAAACUUAGAAACAAACAUACGAGGAUAAGGUUUAGUUCACUUUAACUAUGUUGUUCAAACUUGCAGAAAGUCUUGAUCCCAGUUUUGCAAGAGACAGGUAGGUUACACAAGGCAAUCUCAUCUGAUGUUGGAUGAUUUCAUUAAGUAGUUAGAAGUAUAAAGCUUGCAGCUAUGGAAAAGAUUGUAAACAGAAGCUUGUUACUCAUAAUGGAUACUACUGUGACGGUUAUAGGCCAAAUUCCUAUAACAAACCCACACUUUGGACUGAAAAUUGGGAUGGAUGACGGAGCAGGGUUUAGAGGGCAAGUUAAACUUACUGGAUUUGAAAUUGGGGAUAUAGACCUCUCAAAGUCUUUAUGGACCUACCAGGUUGGGCUCAAGGGAGAAUUCUUGAAGAUAUAUGAUGCAGAAGAAAAUGAAAAGGCAGGGUGGACUGAUUUAACUCCAGAUGCUGAUCCAUCGAUAUUAACAAUUUGAUGGCACUGCCUCCACCACCUCCAACAGACCAAGCUUCAGAUGCAAAUUUAAGAGAGUCGCCAUCUAUUUCAGUUCGGGAGUCACAAGAUGAUUCUUAGUUUAUUUACAUUAAUUUACUAAGGAAUGAACUUUAUGAAGUUUUUUUUAUUUUGGUAGGGGUAACCUUAAAAUGAUAACUUUAUGACUUAUUUUAGUAUUGAACAUUAUAAAGAAUUUUAGCAUUAAACAUUUUAUUA